GUCCCGGCAUUUUUGUCGCGUGCGGAUAGUUAUUACAAUUUGUAUAUAAAAAGAAAUAAAAAAAAAAUUAAUUACCAAUGGAAAGUCCGUUCCAGCACAGACGCAGCAGCCUGCUGCGCUUGCCCUUAAAUAGCACAGCAAAUAGUCAGGCACAAAAUCUAUCGAUAACGCUGCUGCCGGAUGAGCAGGAAAUGUUUAGAAACAGCAGCUCGCGAGCUUUGGGACUCUUGAGGUCUUUGCAAAGUCGCACGAUCAACGCCAACGAUUUGACCAGCCUGAGCGGGGACAGCACACUUUUAGCAGACGACAUCGAUGAAGCGGAUAACGGACGCGGCAAAACGGACAUUCUCUUUGGCCACUUCUACGAAGUGCUUCACGCGCACAACAACACCAACGACACGCUGGAUGUGGUGCAGCUGCUGGCGCAAGCUUGUCAACAGGUUGUUGAGCAGCUGGAGCUGGAUAUCGAGCGUGGCGUGGGCGGCAACCAUGGCACCAAGCAGCGCGAGUCUAGCGUCAAGUGGUUAAAGCAGGAAAUCAACACCUGGCGUCUGCUCCACGCACUUUACUACGAUCGACUGCUGCUGCAGGCUGAUACGCAGGCGGAUGAUGAAAUGCAGGACGGACCCAUGCUGGGAGGCAGUGAAAAAGAGGUUAUACAGCAGCUGUAUUCCAUAAAUGCGCAGCUUCGUGAGUAUCAGUUGGUGGUUGACUGGCUGGAGAAAUGCUACGAGCAGAAGGAUCAGGCAAAUGCGUUGCAGAGUCACGAUCGCAUGAUGGCCUGGGAAAAUACGCUCUUUCAGCUAGAGAAUCUGCAGGGUGCCGCCUUUGGACGUGGCCAUGAGAUAUGCAAACAACUAGAUCCGGACGCGCCGGUGCGUGAGGGUAAACCGCUUCACGCCCUUGACAUGGAGGACAAUCUGCGUUUGGGUCGCGCCAUUUUCGCUGCCAUACGCAACGGACACAUCGAUGAGGCGCUGAAGCUGUGCAAGCACUUUGGCCAAACCUGGCGAGCGGCCAUCCUGGAGGGCUGGCGUCUACACGAGGAUCCCAAUUUUGAGCAGCACGUGGCCGGGCAGUCGCAUGAGAAGCUGCCCAUUGAAGGCAAUCCCCGCCGCGACAUUUGGAAGCGUUGUGCCUGGCUAUUAGCCGAUUCCAAGAAAUAUGAUGAGUACACACGCGCCACAGCGGCCGUGUUCUGUGGCCACUUGGGAGCACUGAAAUCGCUGCUGCACAGCAGCUGGCACGAUCUGUUGUGGGCGUAUAUCAAGGUGCAAAUAGACAUACGUGUCGAGAGCGAGAUUAGGGGAUGCUGUAUGAAACGCUAUCAACCCAUGCCGGAUGAGUAUUGGAAUGGCAAAAUGACGCUGGAGCAGAUCUUUGAUGAGCUGAGCGUGGCCAAGGACGUGUCUGUGCGCGACUAUGCCCAGUGCCAACUAGGCGUCAUCCAACAGCACAUCAUACUCGAUACGUGCGGCGAGCUGUUGCAGCAUAUGUGCCGCUGGCUGGACGCCGUGCCCAAGGAGGCGCAGCUGCCGCCGCAUCAGCUGCGCUUCAUGGCACACAUUGUGCUAUUCAUGCGCCAGAUUGGACGAGUCGAGCAGCAGCCGCAGCAGCAGCAGGCGGAACGCAUUAUCGCUGCCUAUGUGGAGUCACUAAUCCAGCGUGGAGACCCACAGCCCAUUGCCUACUAUGCAGCGGGCCUGCCCAACAAGCUACAGGUGCAGCUCUAUGCCAAGUUUCUGACACAAAUUGAUGAGAAACGACUGCGUCAACAAGCGCUGGAUGCGGCCCUGCAGGCAGGCCUCGAUGUGGAGCAAAUCACGCGGCAUACUGUAGAGAGCAUUCGUCUGGGCAGCACGCCACCCGGCAUACAAGGCGAGCCGCCGAUCGGUUCGAUAUCUGCAGCCGACAAGCGCAAGAUUCAGUCACUUGAGUAUCUGAUUCAUUUGGUAGAGCAGCGCGGCGAACUGCUCUGGCAGGCCAAUGCCAUGAUGCGUCACUAUUUGGCCAGCAAUAAAAUUGAGUGUGUGCGUCAGGUGUUUGCCAUGGUGCCCGGCGAUGUGACUAGUCAGCUGAUCAAUAUUUAUGGUGCUCUGGACAACCUGGGGCCUCGCGAAGAGUGCAGCCUCAAGGAGUAUCUGUGCUACAAGGUCUAUUUGGCUGGCGUGGACAGCUUCAAUGACUGGACCCGUCUGCAGCAAGCGCGCCCUCAGCCACCUCAAAAGGGCACACAGAAUUCCGGCCAAGCGCAGGACAAUUUCACUGAACGCAUGAAUGCACAGCACAAGGAGCAGACCUAUCUCAGUGAAUUGGCACGCUGGGAGCAGAAGGUCAAGGAACAGUCUAAAAUGACUACGGAUGCACUGUUUAAUGUGAUGCUGUUUCCAGAAAAGGGCUGGCUCAAUGAUCCCUUCAUUGCCAAGGAGCCGGAGAAUGCAGCGUUGCUGCACUGGGAGAAUCGUCUGCUGCAAAUGGAAAAAUUGCGUUCGAUAUGCCUGCCAGAGAUUGUGCUGCUUCUGCAUGAGGUUAUGGCAAAAUCGCUCGAUCAUGCGGGCUGUAUUCGGUUGGCGGACGAGAUUGCCGAUGAGCGUCGACAGCUGUACAAGGUGUACACCAAGCACAAGCUGGCCGAGCUGCUGGCCAAGAUUGCUGAUACCUCGCUGCAGUUGCUCAAUUGUAAACUGGAUCCUUGGGGUUAUCCCAUCACUGCCUAAAUGCAAAUUGCUAUCUUAUUAUUUAAGUGAACGG